GGAUCACUGGGCUCGUGAAGGCUGAACAGGACUAUAGUUUGGUUGACAGAGCAGUAAAAGCAGUCGCUUUAUCGUCGGUGGUUUCCCCCAAUUUAUGCGUUAGAUCUUAAGGCAGUAUUAUAUGUUAUAUAAUAUAAUAUUUAAUAUAAUAUAAUAUUUAAUUAUAAUGCGCCAGUGAGCACGUUAUUGCCAUUGCAAUUUAUCUUAUGGCUUAAAUAACACAUAUUUGAUUUAUCCAUAAUAAAAGACCACUUAAGCCAAACAUUAAGUGUACACAGUUUCAUGACCAGAUGUAGCCAGAUCAGCAAAACAAAAAAAUCUGUUCUUUAAUCCUGCAGUGGGUCUGGAGGCUAACAGCCCCAGGUCAGCAGUGUGAAGGCUGUAACCCUCACACUCCUGCAGCGCAGCACAGCCUCCCGGCUCAACAAGCACAACCCCAUGAGUAUAAACACUUCCAUUACAAAACACCCAUAUCAAAUGCACAAGUCUAACAGGAAUGGCAUCAUCAUCGCAGUCACUUUCUAACCAUUUCCUGCUCGACUCUGGGCUCCUGAGUCUGACGCUCGGGCGAAGAGAUACCAAACUAUUUGCUGAGAAAGAGCCUUCACCAUCCCAGCCUUCACCAUGCCAGCCUUCACCAUGCCAGCCUUCACCAUGCCAGCCUUCACCAUCCCAGUCUUCACCAUCCCAGCCUUCACCAUCCCAGUCUUCACCAUCCAGCCUUCACCAUGCCAGCCUUCACCAUGCCAAUCUUCACCAUCCCAGCCUUCACCAUGCAGCCUUCACCAUCCCAGCCUUCACCAUGCCAAUCUUCACCAUCCCAGCCUUCACCAUGCCAGCCUUCACCAUCCCAGCCUUCACCAUCCCAGUCUUCACCAUCCAGCCUUCACCAUCCCAGCCUUCACCAUGCCAAUCUUCACCAUGCCAGCCUUCACCAUCCCAGCCUUCACCAUGCCAGCCUUCACCAUGCCAGUCUUCACCAUCCCAGCCUUCACCAUGCCAGCCUUCACCAUCCCAGCCUUCACCAUCCCAGUCUUCACCAUCCAGCCUUCACCAUCCCAGCCUUCACCAUGCCAAUCUUCACCAUGCCAGCCUUCACCAUCCCAGCCUUCACCAUGCCAAUCUUCACCAUCCCAGCCUUCACCAUCCCAGUCUUCACCAUCCAGCCUUCACCAUGCCAGCCUUCACCAUCCCAGCCUUCACCAUCCCAAUCUUCACCAUGCCAGUCUUCACCAUCCCAGUCUUCACCAUCCCAGUCUUCACCAUGCCAGCCUUCACCAUGCCAGCCUUCACCAUCCCAAUCUUCCCCAUCCCAGCCUUCACCAUGCCAGUCUUCACCAUGCAGCCUUCACCAUCCCAAUCUUCACCAUCCCAGCCUUCACCAUGCCAGCCUUCACCAUGCCAGCCUUCACCAUGCCAGUCUUCACCAUGCCAGCCUUCACCAUGCCAGCCUUCACCAUGCCAGUCUUCACCAUCCCAGUCUUCACCAUGCAGCCUUCACCAUCCCAGCCUUCACCAUGCCAAUCUUCACCAUGCCAGCCUUCGCAGCGAUGUGAUGCAACAAAGCACCCAGAAGUUAUACGUUUCCGAUGAGCUGGUGGUUUACGGUGACCGGAGGCCAAGCUACCACUGCUGCACAAAUUGGGUGGGCAAGUGAGAUGAAGAAGUUGCACAGUUGAACGUUUUGUAAAUGAGAGGUGAUAUGAUGUGGCGACUCCAUAUGGCAAAAAGGGACAGGGAUUACAAGGUGAACACGCAUGAACAGCACCACAACGUCGUAAUUACAACCAGACAAAUUUUUCUAUAAGCCCUGACUUUCCGAGUUAGGGCUGUGUCUUUAACAAAAAGUCAGGGUGGCCCCCAAUAUUCAAUCUACUGCAGAGCGAAAGACUGAACUGGUAAUUAUGCGCGUUACCUGUUCAGUUCUUUAUUUUCUUUCAGCAGGGCAAAAUAAACUUCUCAUAUGCAUGAACCUCUGAGGAGGACUUGAAGGCAACGUUAUUCGCAGCUCCUGAACCAGCUGUAAUCAUAAAUCACUGGAGAGGCGUACGCAGCUGGGGCCACAGUGGAGGACACACACAAAAAAAAAAAAGAAAAAGAAAAGAAAUUUAAUGAUCAUGCGGCUGGACUGUGAACAUUAGCAAAAAUUAAUAAAAUUUUACAAAAACUGCAGCCUUAAAGUUUGUCACUAAUUGAAGUGGAAUCAGCUUGCACCUGAUGUUAGCCUGCAGUGAUUCAGUUCGUGGACUGAGUGGUGUGAAAUCAGCUACUCUGAAAAUAAAGUGAAAAUAUGUCAGUGGUGCGCAAAAAGAAGAAAUAGAAAUUUCUUUUCCCACGCAUUGCGG